CUGUGCUUCAAUAUGUUGAAUGUUUCUUCUGUACAUCCAAAAUAUCAACAGUAGUUGACGGAAGAUAUUUGAGCGGGAAAUGAAACCCCAGCCUCAGAUUCAAGGGCACUUACGUAAUUAAACAUCUCUCUCUCUCUCUCUCUCUCUCUCCAUCGUGUGGCCACAAACAGCAUCUCUCUCCACCACCACAAAUCUCUUAUAUUCCCAAUCAAUUGAAUUAGUUCCUUCAGCUGUUUUGGUCGUUCAUGGCCGCCACGUGCUCCCGGGUGAUCGGAUCAACAGUAAUCGAGCUCUCUAGAGCCGGUUCCCGAACUGGAGCCCGUAUUUCCUCCCGCAGCUACGCUGCCGCCGCCGCCGCAGCUCCCGACGGCCGUCAUCAAUUGGAAGGACCUUCGUGCAUCUUCGUCGGACCCGUUGAAACCGCCAGUAAAGAAACCCUAGAAGCUCUCUACCGUCAAGCUCGGGAGGCUUACUACAGCGGGGAACCUUUGAUUGUAGAUGACAUGUUUGAUAGGGUUGAGUUAAAACUGCGCCGGUAUGGGUCAAAAUACGUCGUCAAGUAUCCGCGUUGCAGUCUCCGGCGACAAUCCACCUACGCGGAUGCUGAGGCAGACCCUUCACAGGUUUUCGCGUUGGCCAGUGUAUGGCUCCUGAUACUCGGUUUUGGAUCGUCGGCGUGUCUUGUCCCUAUAGCAUAUACCGUCGCUCAAGCUUAUCAAGAUGCUUCCGCACUGGAGUUUCUUGCCACACUCAACGGCAUGCUAUUCAUGUUGUUGGGCUCGUUGAUCGGCUACCCAAUCGCAUCCGCUUCUGUUGGAGCGCUUCAAGGACUCUGGAAGAAUGACUUGGUGGCACUCAAAGGGGUUUGCCCAAAUUGUGGCGAAGAGGUGUUUGCAUUUGUUAGAUCCGAUCGGUCAACUAACUCUUCUCAUAGAGUGAAUUGUCAUGUAUGCGAAAGUUCCUUGGAGUUCCAAACGAAGGUUGAGGAAUCUGGGUCGAUACCAGGUAAACAAUGGGUAUAUGGUCGGAUCUAUUUACUUCGGUCAAGAGGUAGACGCCAAAGAUGGUUGUAAGAUGAAAAUAAUUGUGCCUUGUGCUUGCUUCAUACAUUGACUGGAUACUACUAUUAGUGUACAGAAACGCCCUCAACUUCAUUUUUCUAAUUUCUGUUGGCAAAGUUUGUUAUGGUAAUUAUUGAAAUAUUUGACGAGCGUUUUUUUUUUUUUUUUUUCUUCUAGUUUUUUCAUCCAUAGAACAAUCCGUUAAGCCAAGGUGAUUGAUUACACGUUAUUAGAACAAAAUGUAUCAUUUAUUUGUGCUUUCUUGGGCGACUGUGUUUUGUUUAUGAAUUAAAUUGUUAGUCGUGUUAAGGAGUAUGUUUUCGUCUUG